GGCCUUCAGCUAAUUUCAGUGCAAUUCGAAUUUUCGCGUGCAAGACGGUGGGAUUUAUUUUGUCCAUUAAACGCAAAUGCAGAGCCCACCGAGUGUGUGCUUCCGCGAAAAAUUGUGCGGUCAAUGAAACGAUUCUUAGUGGGAUGCGUGUACACGCGGCGAACAUCGCGAAGAUUCACGUCGAGUAGUUGGCCUACAAAACGUUUCUGAUAAUCAUGAAUUUGCAAACACUCUUCCAAGACUUCAAUCCAAGCAAAUUUCUCGUGCACUCCUGUUUGAUGAUAUUUACAUCCUUAUUUGCUCUUCGACUGGAUGGCUUCAUAGAAUGGAGUUAUUGGUCUGUGUUCACUCCAAUAUGGUUUUGGAAGAGUAUGGUAAUUUUGGGUGCUACUAUUGGAAGUUAUGUCUGGUGGAGGCAUCCGCAUGCAAGACUCGAAGGAGAUGCCUAUGUACAUUAUAAGGCAAUGUUAAUCACCUUGGCAUUGCAUUUGAUCCUGUUAAUGUUUGAAUUGUUAGUAUGCGAUAAAUUAGAAUCUGAAAGACAUUUAUGGAUCCUUGUAUUCAUACCGCUUAUCUUCAUCUCUAUAGUGUCGAUAGCAGUAUGUAUUUGGGCAGCGAAACAUGAUCGGUCAUUUGAACUUGAAUUAUUUUGUGCAGUUAAUGUAUUGCAAUUCAUUUUCUUGGCAUUAAGAUUAGAUGGUUUUAUAACGUGGAGUUGGGAAGUAGUAUUUGUGCCUCUUUGGGCACUUUUGUGUUUAUCUCUAGUUGCUGUACUAUAUGCCAUAAUUUUUGCUGUUGUUUUAUUAAGAACUCCACAGAUCAAUGCCAGACAAAGGAGAACAUCUUUAACUUCGGCAUUGGCAUACACAUUUCUUGUGGUUCCAAUUAUAGUUUUCCAAGUGUUACUAGCCAAUAAAUUAGAUGGAGAUAUUUCUCUAAAUUAUACAACGGUAGCAAUGCCGCUUUUAAUAUCUCAUAUAACACUUAUUUUUAUGUCUUUUGAUGCAAAGGGUGGAAAUAGAUGGUGGUUUGGUAUUAGGAAGGACUUUUGUCACUUCCUAUUAGGAUUAUGUCCACUUCUUCAAGAAUAUGGUAAUAUUUCAUACCAACCUAGAAGUGAUCACGACCAACCACCAUCUGAACCAAUGGUCUCAGAAAAAAGUGAAAAACACAUUAAAAAAAUUGACCUAACAAAACCUGUUGUACCUAUAAUUUCUAUUGAUAUGCCUGAUUGAUUGUUUCAUUUAGUUUCUGUUACAGGAUCAAUUCAGGUACUUGGAAUUUUUUAUUGAUAUGACUGGUUAAUACGAAGAGCCUACCUUAAGAGCAUAUCUUAAUAUGUAACAGACAGGUACGUAUAUAAUAGUGAAAUCUAUUAUAAAAAAAAAACUAUUAUUUUCAAUACGAAAUGUCGUAAUGAAAAUCUUGUUAUUGUUAAACUUAUAUUGUGCGCCAAGGCAAUCAUAAUCAUUAUAUUAUCUAUUUUGUUCCUGGGGCUUAAGAUUUUCACAAUUUCAAAAUUGUAAAACUUUUUAAAAAUCAUUUAAUUAAAAAGAGGUAUAAGACGCUAAAACUUUGAAGGCAUCUAAAUGAAUAGCCCCUCGAGCAAAUUUAGCAGUCGCAAUGCUCAAAAGAACGUUACAUUUCUUGAAGCUGCAUCAAUUUUUCGUGUAUUCAAACACUUAAGUUAUGCGUAGAAUAAGUAACCGACCCGUCCGUUUGUUUGAUUGCUCCUUUUUAACGAUGUAUAAGGUAAUCGCUGACCUAUUUUAUUAUGUCUGUUAAUAGUAAACCUGCAUAAUGGUAGCAUUAAUAUUACUUUGCCAAAAGUAGUGAUUAUAGAGAAUGGUGAACAUGCCUAAGCUGGUGCUAAAAGUCAAUGAUACUUUAGACAUGUUUUGUAUGCAGCUGUGAACUAUGUUUAAACUUUGAUUUAAACCUUGGUAUAGUGUGAUCUGUAUAAAGCUAAGCUUGAUUUAUGUUUAUUUAUAUUUUAAAUUGAGUUUCCUGCAACGCAUAUGAAUCUGGUUGAAGCUUGUUAAGGAAAAUCUUUAAUGUAAAUAGUACUCCACGGUUUAGCAUCAAGAUGCAUUGUACAGAUCACACUUGAAAGAUAUAUAAUAUAUACAGUUAACUCUCGAUUAAUGGACGAUGAUUUAAUCAUUAAUUGACACAAAUCUUUAUAGAUUCUAAAUUAUCUGUGCACAGAAUUUGUAUAUACAUAUAAAAGAUAAAGAUUAUAAGAUACGUUCAUACUGAAUAAACAGUUACAUUUUGUAUUUGUAUUCGGUUGAAAUUUUCUUUAUCUCUUAUAUUAUUUAUAAAUACAAACACCAUUAUCGAUCAAGACUUAACUGUAUUGCUCAUUUAGUAGACUAAAGGAAUCACUGCAAUGAGUAAGGGAAGAGAUUGUUAACAGAGGGACGAUAAUAAAAUUUCAGAUUACAUUAUAUUUUUACGUUCGUCGAAAUGCUUUAUGUGCUUCUAAGCCCUUUUUAACUAACUUUUAAUUUAAUAGAAAAAUUUAUAUCUGUGUUUGUAACAUGCAUAUCGAUAACACAGAUAAUUAAGAACAAAAGCCAUAUAUUUACAUUAAAAUAAUUUUUCUACGUGUUCCUAAGAUUUUUGCAAUAUUUCUCAUUAAAAUAAUUAUAUUGAUAUUAAUAGAGAGAUAGUCAUUUUUAUGAGUGCGUCAAAUGUGUCCAAAGGGCUCUGUUACUUUUUAAGUGUUAACUUAGAUUCUUUUGUACAUUUACAGUUGCUUAAAGAUGCCAAUGAAUAAUUAGUGCAUUUCCUAAUUAAUGACAUGACAAGUAUACGUCGUUGUUAAAUACCAAAUAAUUAAAAUUUUUUUGUUUAAAUUAUUGUUCUUUUCAAACAACAGGAAAUAUUACCAUGUUCAUAAGGGUGUAACAUUUGUUCGUUACAUUAUGUGUUAUAACAGUAAACUUUGUAGAGAGGUGAUACAGAUUUUUGGAUACAUUAUCAUUGUUUGUUGUAAAAGGAGCGGAAAUUGUUCAACCGUUAGGUUUUUAAUUGGCCUUAAAGAAAUAAGAAAUUGGAUAUAUCGGCUGGGAUAUAAGACUGAGCGCUUCGCAUCUUUAGAAUAGUAUCGGCAAGAUGUAAAAAACGAAGUAAUCGCGUACAUUUAAAGAAACGUUUAAGUAAUAAGAACAUUUAUUGUUAACAUUAUUAGAUACCGUAAUACUAAGUAUACCCAAUCAUUUAUUGUGUUAUAAUGUAGAAAUAAUGUACAUAGUCUGUUGUAUUACAAUAACAUUAUAGACUAUAUCAUUAUUGUAUAUUAUACAUAUCUACCAUGAGCGACGAUUGAUAAAUAAGUAGUGGUAUUAUUUUAUUUUAUAUACACCACAAGCAAAAGGUAUCAUUAUAAUCUAAUAAAGUUUAUAUUUUUUGGUAUUAACA